AUGACGAGAGAGAAAGUCAUGUGGGAACCUGAACUACACAAAGUAUUUGUGGAUUUAUGCGUUGAGCAAAAGAUGUUGGGAUUUCGAUUACCUGGAUUGAACCGUAUAUGGGAAUCUUUUGUACAAAACACUGGCGCUAGGUUCACCAGAGACCAGCUUAAGAAUCAUUGGGAUACCAUGUUGAGACUGUGGAGGGCGUGGUGUAGACUUGUUGAAUGCAGUGAGAUGAAAUGGGAUCCCCAGACAAAGAAGUUUGGUGCGAGUACUGAAGUCUGGACCAACUAUUUUAGGGUGAAUCCUAAGGCUAAGCAGUAUCGGUUUAGGUCGAGUCCUCCACCGUUUCUCAAGGACCUAAAGAUGAUCUUUGAAGGUACUGACUUAGGUGAUGAAGAAGGUACAUCAUGUGGCAAAAGAAAGCGAAUUCCUGAUGCAGAUAAUGAUACUGGAGAUGAAGAUAAUGACACUGGAGAUGAUGAUAAUUACACUGGAGAUGAUGAUAUCACUAUUCCGCGGUAUAAAGCAUAUUGGUCAUCGUCUUCACAUGAGAUUUUUGUGGAUUUGUUGUUCACAGAGUCUUUAAAAGAAAACAGACCUAAGCCAGCCAGACGUAACGGAUACUAUGCAAAGGAAACUUGGAAUAUGAUGGUUGAGUCGUUCAACCAGAAGACAGGACUACGCUACACAAGAAAGCAGCUCAAAAACCACUGGAAUAUUACCAGGGAUGCUUGGAGGCGCUGGUGUCAAGCUGUUGGCUCUCCGCUGUUGAAGUGGGAUGCCAACACCAAAACCUUUGGCGCUACGUCGGAGGACUGGGAAAACUACUCCAAGGAAAAUAAGAGAGCUGAACAAUUCAGAUUGAAACAUAUUCCUCACGCUGAUAAACUAGCAAUCAUCUUCAAAGGACAUGUAGAACCUGGAAAGACCGCUUUGCGUCCUUAUCGCAAGAGAGUGAAUCAUCAUUCCGAAGCACCACAACACCCAGCUCCUUCAUCAGCACUCAACAUUAACGAGUCUGUCCCAGGAAGUGAAGGUGGAGCUGAUGAUGACCACCACAUAGUGAUGGAUCAUCACUUCGAAUCACCACAUGACCCAGCUUCAUCAUCAGAAAUCGACCUAAACGAGCCAGUCACAGGAAGUGAAGGUGGAGCUGAUGAUGACCACUACAUAGUGUUGAAUCAUCUUGUCGAAUCACCACAUGACCGAGCUCCAUCAUCAGAACUCGACAUCAACAAACCAGUCGCAGGAAUUGAAGGUAUAGCUGAUGAUAAUGACAAUCAUGAGCCUACUCCGCAUCACUGGGCAUUUAACGGUGUUGGUGUUGAAGAGUCACAAGAUGUGGAAACUGUAACUCCUGCGCCAUGUGAAAGGAUCAAUAUUGAGCUGGUGGAGAAGAUUACAUCAAAUGCAUUGGUUAAGGAGUACGAAUAUACCAUUGGAGAAUGCAUGAAGUGUUUGAACGCCAUGGAAGAGGUUGAGAAAGGUAGUGAACUUUACAUGCUUGCGUUGGAUUUGUUUAUGAACAAAGAGUGCAGAGAGAUGUUCUUAUUGUUGGAGACCUCAACUUUGAGAAUGUCUUGGCUGCUUAGACGCCUAUCCGGUGGCUCUACCAUGGCUGCCUAA